AUGUCCUGCCAGCCAGCUAUUGCUACUGUGUCCCUCGGGCAGAGCGGGCGUUACACUAUCCAUCAGAAGCUAUCUGCAUGUGCCAACAAUGGGUUCAAAGCGAUUGAGCUGUUCUAUGACGACCUAGAAGCGCUGGCGAGCUCCCUUUCAAGAUCAACUCGGCCAACUCGUGACGACCUUCUGAAUGCUGCUCGCCAGAUCCGUGCUCUUUGCGAUGUGCUCCAAAUCCGCAUUCUCAACUUGCAGCCACUUCGGUUCUAUGAGGGAUUGAUCGAUAGGCGCGAGCGCGACCGUAUCGCCUACGGGGUCAUCCCUACCUGGAUGGAUAUCCUCGACAUCCUCGGAAGUGAUACUAUCUUGAUUGCCUCAAAUUUUCUCCAACCAGAUCUAAGUACUGGCAAGAGCCCAUUAUCCGGGGAUUUCAAUGUCAUAGCUGAUGACCUGCGCUUGUUGGCGACCCUCGGAGCCGCUCGAUCCCCGCCCAUCAAAUUUGCUUAUGAGGCCCUCGCUUGGGGCACUUACAUCAGUACCUGGGAGGCAUCCUGGGAUAUUGUGCAACGAGUCAAAAUGCCGAACUUUGGUCUGGCUAUUGACACUUUCAAUAUUGCUGGCGCAGUGUACGCGGAUCCGGGUGCCGUGGGCGGCCGAAACGGUCCUGAUGCCGAUGCCAAUUUGCGCCAAUCCCUGGAUCGCUUAGCAAACACGGUGGACGUCGAGAAGAUUCUCAUCGUGCAAAUGGCAGAUGGAGAGCGGUUGGCUGAAGCUCUCGAACCCGGUCACCCGUUCCAUAUCCCGGGACAACCGUCUCGGAUGAGUUGGUCUCGCAACGCUCGAUUGUUCCUCUGUGAAGAGGACCGUGGCGGUUAUCUCCCAGUUUUAGAGAUUCUCCAAACGGUCGUCAAGAUGGGUUGGACUGGCUGGUUGUCUUACGAAAUAUUCUCGCGGACCCUAGCUGGUCCUAAUCCUAAGACCCCCGAAAUGCAUGCGGCUCGCGCGUCCCGGUCGUGGUCAAAUGUUACUGCUUUCCUGGGUCAAAGUGGAAAUAAAGACUUGGAGUAG